AUGCUCUUGUCGUCGUCGUCCUCAUCAUCAUCGUUUAAGCUCGUAAAACGUGCAUCGCGCUCGCUAUUUUCCAAGGCAAGUGCUAUGCCAAGUGUGGCGUUGAGUGAAGAGUUUCCAGCUGUACCCAAGUUGCAGCCAAUGCCCGUAGCCGCUCCGAAACUUACGUCAUCGACGGUCUCGUCGGGUCUGGUACUGGGCUCGGACGACCACGCCGCAUCUGUAGCCACCAUUGGCGUGCAGCUUAACACGGGUGCGCGUGAUGAGACCGAGGAGACGGCUGGCGUGUCACAGCUGUUUGCCAAGAUGGCGUUUCGUGCCACGCAAAGCCGUUCGGACCUGCGUUUGUACAGGGACAUUGAGGCUAUUGGCGGUGUGGUAUACGCUCAAGCUGGCCGUGAAUUUGUGCGCUAUAGUAUCAGCGUCUUGCCUGAUCAGCUGGAGGCAGCUGCCGAGAUUUUGGCCGAGACAACUCUGGCUCCUAAGUUUGCGCUUUACGACGUGGACGAGCAGAAGAAGAUUGUACAGGCUGAGUUUGAUAAAAUUGCAGAGGACCACCAUGCGUCGCUGCUGGAAAGCGUGCACGCCGCUGCGUUCUAUGAUGACGUAUCCUUGGGUCGUCCGCUCGCAUCCGUAGACAACCUCAACGCCUUCAGUCCCGAAACGCUGUGGACAUACUACGAUACGUAUGUGAAUACGUCUAAUGCAGCUCUAGUGGGUGCCGGCUUGCGUCAUAAUACACUCACGGACUUGGCUAACCAGUACUUUGGCUCGUUUGUUAACGGCAAUAAGGCUGCAAGGUCUACGGCCAAAUAUGUGGGUGGAGAGAAUCGCAUUAAGAAGACGGCUAAGUUUACACACGUUGCUCUAGCACUGCCCACGGUAGGCCGUGACUCUGCCGAUUACGGCGCGUCGCAGGUGCUGCGCGCGUUGCUGAGUGUGCGGCUCAACAACAAGAAGGCCUCGGCCUUCCUGUCGAGCUACAGUGACGCGGGUAUGGUGGGUCUAUCAGGUUAUUCCGUCCCCUCGGAGGCUGGCGCGCUUGUGGAUUCGUUUGCUGCUGAGCUAAAAAAAGCCGCUUCGGCCCCGGCUACUAAGGAAGAGCUGGCUGCCGCUACGACUACAGCGGCCCUUGAGGCCCUAGAACACUACAGCACGCAAGCAGGUGCUCUGGGCCGCGUUGGCUUGAUUGCCACCACUGGCUUCGUGUCCAAGUCGCCGUCAGCGCUCGUUGAGGGCGUCACCGCUGCUAAGUUGCAGGAGCUAGCUCAGAAGGCACUGAAGGCGACGCCUUCUAUUGCUGCCAUUGGCAAGUUGUCAGCCGUUCCCCACGUUGACGUGAUUGCCAGCAAGCUGCAGUAG